AUGAUGAUAGCGAUUGAAAAUUUUAAUUAUCCGUUAUCUUCAGUUUUUUUUAACCAUAGGAGAGAAGCCGAUGUAAUAUAUAGUAUUGUAAAAAUGAAUCUUAAAUAUUAUUUUAUAUAGUGGUGGUGGAUUAUAUGAUGAGAGUGGUAAUGAGUGUAAGAUUGGGAGAUGGAUUGAGAUAAAUGAAGAAUUUGAUAAUAUAUCGUAAGUUACUUAUCAUAGUGAUUAUAAAUUUGGUAAAAAGCUUGGUAGAUGGGAUAUUUGGUAUUAGAAAAAUUAUCAUGAUCUAAAAAAUGGAAAAAUGUAAGAUAAAUUAAAAAUUUUUAGUGGUGGUGAGUCAUAUGAUGAAGUAGGAAAUGAAUGGAAGAUUGGGAAAUGGACUGAGUUGAGUCAUAAUUUCAGAGAUACUUCAUAAGUCACUUAUUUAGGGGAAUAUAAGAAUGGCAAGAAAAUAGGUUAAUGGGAGAUAUAGUUUGAAGCAGAAAAGAUGUAUAUAAACUAUUAUGUAUAACUAAUUUAGUGGUGGUGGAUUAUACGAUGAAGAAGGUGAUAUGAUUAAGAUUGGUAAAUGGAUAGAAUUGCACGAUCCUUUUACAGAUACAUUUUAAACUAUUUACGAAGGAGAAUUUAAACAUGGUUAAAAAGUUGGUACCUGGAUUUAAAAGAAUAGAGAUGAAAAUCCCUUAGAUUUUUGA